GUUCUAGCUUUUUUGUUGUCUACAAAGUCCUAUAUCACAUCGCAGUGUUUAAAAACAUUUUUAAUUCCUCAAAAUUACAAUUAAAAAUGUAUCAAUAAUGUCGUCAGGCAUAUUUACCAUCCUUGAUAAAAACUCUGUUGUAAUGGAUACAAUGGAUGAGGUGCUAGAACCAGCAGACAAGCUAAAUAUGAUGGAGAAAUGUGGAGAAGUCUUUCUCGACCGACAUUUGGGAAAUCUUAUUUAUUUUUGUCAUCUCUGCGAGGAUAGGUUCGAAAAUGCUGACGAAUUUUCAAAUCACAUAACGGACAUACAUGUUUCUAUAGAGAGUUUCAUUUCCUAUGAACCAAGUGAAUCUGAUGCCGAGCAGAAUCCUGAAACUGAAAAUGAAAUAAUUGACGAGACAGAUCCUAUCGGAAAGGAAAUUCCAAUUGCAAACGAAAACGAAGAAUUCGAUGAUACAAUUGAUUAUGAAUUCAUGAUAAAAACCGAAACAGACUAUCCAGAUGAAGACUCAAACGGGAAUACCAAAGAAAUUGAAUUUUUUGCUACUGACGCGAUCAUUGAAGAAGAUUCAACAUUGCUUUUUGAAGACGAAGAACAAAAACCAAAAGAAGAACCUGAUCCAGAACUAGAAAAUGAGUCAACAGAGCCCUUGGAAGUAAAUUUCGAGGAAGAAGAACUUCCAGCUUCAAAGAUCUUUCGAGAUGAUCUGUCUGACGCCGCCGUCAGUGACGAGGAAAUUCUUCGAUCCAAACUCUCCUGCAAGUUUUGUGGCGAGCAAUUUGAUUAUGUCAAGAAAAUGCGCCAACACGAUUGUGGUCUAAAUAAGAAAAAGAAAAGAUACCUCUGUGCUGUUUGUGGCAAAGAGUUCAAAAAGAAAUCUGGCCUCGAAGUUCAUUCGUUGUUGCACAAAGGAGAAAAGCCACACAAAUGCGAUAUUUGCGGAUCAGCAUACGCCUGCAAACAGAACCUUAUUGUUCAUAUUCGCCGACAUACUGGCGAAAAACCUUUUAAAUGUGAUUACUGUGACAGUCGGUUUGCUUCGUCAACUGAAAAGAAAUCGCACAUGCGAACGCACACUGGAGAUCGACCUUUUGUGUGCGAGCUAUGCGGCAAAGGUCACUCUUCGUCAUCGCAACUUACAGAACAUAUGCAUAGGCAUUUGGAUGUGAGAAAUCAUCCUUGCGAAACAUGUGGUAAACGAUUCAGGAAUUCUUAUAACUUGAAGAUGCACGCAAUGACACAUGAAAAGGGACCUAGACUGUUCAAUUGUGAAAAGUGUUCGGCAUCGUUUAGGACAAAUAGCAGUCUCUUGCAACAUGCAAAGAUUCAUGCAAAAGUAAGAAAGUAUGUAUGUAAAGUGUGUGGGAGGGCUUUUGCACAGCAUCCUGGACUUUAUAGUCAUAUGAAGUCUCAUGCUUCAGUAAAUUAAAGAAAGAAAAUGUUAAAUAAAGAUUUUUAUAUAUAAA